AUCUACGCUUGCGUGCAUAUUUUUUUUCAGCCAAUGAACAGCUUACACUUGGAUCAUUUCUUUACCAGGUUAAACAAUUGUGUUUAGACUCGUCAGUUUAUUAAUCAGUAAUUCAAUUGGGUUUGUGUCAAUCAAUUUAAUUACUAAUUGUGCAUUUGUAACUUUAUUAAGUAUAUUACCCAUAUUUAUUUGUAACUUAUUGCAAUAAAAAUCUAUUCUUCUUAACCUGACAUCUUUUUAUUCAAAUUUAAGGUAAUGAAACUAAAAUUAGUAUUUUGCCUUGUAGCCUGUCUGGCAACAGGCAUUGGUGCAACUGUUUAUUUUAGAGAAGAGUUUGAUACACCAAAUUGGGAGAAAAGAUGGGUACAAUCAGAAUUUCCUGGUAAAGAAUUUGGUAAAUUUGAAUGGACAGCCGGUAAAUUUUAUGGCGAUGAUUUAAAAGACAAGGGAAUCAAAACAUCUCAAGAUGCCAGAUUCUAUGGUCUUUCAGCUAAAUUUGAAGACAAUAAGUUUGAUAAUGAAGGAAAAGACCUGGUUGUACAAUUUUCAGUAAAACACGAACAAAACAUUGACUGUGGUGGUGGAUACUUGAAAGUAUUUGAUUGUGCACUUGAUCAAAAGCAACUUCAUGGUGAUUCUCCAUACUUACUUAUGUUUGGACCUGAUAUUUGCGGUCCAGCAACCAAAAAAGUCCAUGCUAUUUUCAACUACAAAGGAAAAAAUUUGCUCAUUAAUAAAGACAUUCGUUGUAAGGAUGAUGUCCAUACACACGUUUAUCGAUUGACUGUUAAGCCUGACAACACUUACAAAGUAUCAAUUGACGGUGAAACCGUAGAGAAAGGAGAAUUAGAAAAAGAUUGGAACUUCUUAUUACCCAAGAAAAUUAAGGAUCCUAAUGCAAAGAAACCCGAAGAUUGGGAUGACAGAGCCAAAAUUGAUGACCCUGAAGACAAAAAACCUGAAGAUUGGGAUCAACCAGAAUAUAUCCCAGACCCUGAUGCAUCUAAACCCGAAGAUUGGGACGAUGAAAUGGACGGUGAAUGGGAACCACCUCAAAUUAACAAUCCAGCAUUUAAAGGUGAAUGGAAACCAAAACAAAUCGAUAACCCAGCAUACAAAGGACCAUGGGUUCAUCCUUCUUUCGAUAAUCCAGAUUACGUUGCUGAUGAUAAACUUUACAGAUAUCCAGAAAUCUGUAGUGUUGGUUUUGAUUUAUGGCAAGUUAAAGCUGGAACCAUUUUUGACAACAUUUUGAUCACUGACAGUGAAAAGGAAGCCGAUGAAACAUUGAACGAUAUCUUGGAAAGAGUUAAAGAGGAGAAAAAAAUGAAAGAGAAACAGGAUGAAGAAGAAAGGAAAGCAACUGAAGCUGCUGCAGAGGAAAAGAAGGAUGAAGAGGUUGAUAAAGAAGAAGAAGCCGAUGAUGAUGACGAUGAUAAGUCAGAAACUAAACAUGAUGAGUUCUAAGCUAAACAAUUAGUAAUUUUUUUCAAAUUGAGCUAAUCUAAAAUAUAGCGACUGGAUGUUGAUUAAAAAGAAAUCCAUUUCGUACUUUUUUGUAAAAACAAUGCCUCGCAAUUUUCAUUUCAA